GAUAGGGUAACUCGUUGAAAAAAAACUAAAGAAGAAGAAGAAGACGAGCGUGUGACGUCAUCGCGUUGUUUGUCACUCAGUCGCUGUACGUGUCGAGGACUCGUUGAUUCAGAUCCAGGCCUUCUUACAACAGACGGGAAGUUCACAUCUUAUGGUGGUUUCCUGAGAUCACUAAAGCAGCAGAAAAAUGAACGUGUUUGAUCGCAGCAUCAACUUUGACGCUCUCUUUAAGUUUUCUCAGAUCUCUCGCUCCACUCAGCAGCAUCUGAAGAAUGUCUACUCCAGUCUGGCUCUGUGUAUGCUGGUGGCAGCCGCUGGCUCAUACGUCUUCUUCAUCACGAGAAUGUUUCAGGGUGGGCUGACCAUGAUUGGAUCACUGGCUAUGAUGGUUUGGCUUGCCAUGACCCCUCACAGCCCUCAGACCGAGAAGAAGAGGCUGGCCAUCCUCGCUGCUUUUGCUUUCUUCACAGGUCUUGGACUCGGCCCGCUCAUGGACUACGUCAUAAGUGUCAACCCGAGCAUCAUCCUGACUGCUUUCCUGGGCACCUCGGUCAUCUUCACCUGCUUCACCCUGAGCGCUCUCUAUGCACAGCGCAGAAGUUAUCUCUUCUUGGGAGGCACACUGAUGUCAGCGCUGACUGUUCUUCUGCUCGUCUCAGUCUUCAAUAUGUUCUUCGCCUCUGAAUUGCUCUUUAAGGCUCAUGUGUAUCUGGGUCUGGUCGUCAUGUGUGGCUUUGUGCUGUUUGACACACAGCUGAUUAUUGAGAAGGCAGAAAUGGGAGACAAAGAUUACAUCUGGCAUUGUGUCGACCUCUUCCUGGACUUUGUGACCAUCUUCAGAAAGCUUCUCAUCAUCCUCUCUAUGAAUGAGAAGGACAAGAAAAAGGAGAAGAAGUAAUUGUCAUGAGCGUGAAAACAUCUGUGAGCUGAAUACGUGUCAGCAGCUUCAUUAUGAAUCUGAUUACAUAUAGUUUGAUUAUAUUUUGUGAUUUGAUAGUCUUAAUUUUAUUUUUGAAAAUUGGAUAUGUUGUCAAGCUGAUGACCUAAUGUUGUUUGACUGUAGAUUUUGAAAUCUUAUUUAAAAGUUUAGGUUGGACUUUAAUUUCUUUGACUUACUACUUAACUCUUUAAGGCAGAAAAUAGAGAUCUGUAGAAAAGGAAUCUCAUGGGGUCUCGUAAAAAAAUUGGAUUUAAAAUUGUACAUACAAUAGAAACUUUUGAGUGUAAUGCAGGUGUUUCUGCUAGUUAAGGUGAUAGGAGACUUUCUUACCUAUACUCUCAACAAUAUUAAAUUGUGUAUCAUAAAUACCUUCUAAUCAUAACUUAGUUGUGCUUCAGUAAACUGCUUUUUUUGUGUUUAUUGUGUUAAUUCUUUUACUAAUUAGUUUUUUCCUAGUUGCCAAUGCACAUUACAUUGUUUUUGUAGCUGCUGGUGCCAAUUUUGUUAAUUUGGUUAAGUCUAACAUUAAUGCAUUUAUCAGUUAUCACAGAUGAGAUUGUUUUAUUCAUGAAUAUUGUGCAUCUUAUGUCAAUAAACGGUGCCACAGAUUGCAUUGAUGCUCCGAUGACUAAUAUAUUAUACCUUCUGAUGAUUAAUUUACAUUGAGCAUGCUUAAUUCUUCUGAUGCUUGUAAUCAGGGACCAGUUAAAAAGGCAGCCCUAGAAAUAAAAAAAACUUUCUGCUUCCUAUUGCAAUCACAAUUUUUGUCACAUGAAAUAAACAAGAUGUAACUUUUGUCAGAAAAACGGAUGCUUUUAUAUGUAACAACCAAAAAAAAAAAUGUAUCAUCUGAUUUAUGAGCUGUUUAUGUGGAUUCUAAUAAUGGGGAGAUAAAUAUGUCUGUGAAGGUUUAGCUCAAAAUACCCCACAUAUCAUUUAUUAUAUUAUUUUGAAAAUGCCUGUUUAGGAUCGAAGCAGAAACGGGCUGUUUUUAUCUUGUUAGAACCGUGUACCUGUGAUUGUUGAUCAUUCAGUAGAUGUAAGAAAAAUAUCUAG